UGGGAUUGUGAAAAAGGUGAAUACUUCUCCCCGAACCCACUUGUGCCAAAUGUUGAAGUUUCCUCUGCAUGCAUCCUGCUUCUUCUUUCAUUCAUGACCGACUCAGGAUUGUAGAAGGAAUAAACCGAAACACAUCCAGAAUCUCCUUGUUAAGAUAUUAAGAUGAGCACAGAAGCUGUCGAGCAGAGGGAUCCUCAGCAUGAACACGCAGAAAUCGAACAAAAUGGAAUUGACUUCACAAGACAGAUAAAAACCGAGGACCUAAACGAUUCCCCUCACUCUGCCUCAUCACAUAAGACAUGUCACCUCACGCAGGGAUCACCAGUUCCAACCGGACAGCUGCCUGGGGAUUUGCCAUCACUUCACUCACUUCCCCAGCUGGUCCUCAUGCCUGGAUCACAUCUUUCCUCGUCUUCACCUUUCCUCCUCUCCCAGGCUCAGACCGGACAUCAGGCUUUACUGCAGCCGAAUCUCCUGUCCUUGCCCUCUCAGUCUCAGCCUAGUCUCCUGCAGCACCAGCCUGGACUGGCCCUUACACCUCAGUUUAUAUCUGCACAGGGAAUGGGUCGAACAGGCUUGGCUGGGUCCUCCAUGGAUGGACACUUGGACAUGCCUCACUUACAGGUGCCUAAGCACGUGGGCGCUUCUCAGCAGGACGAGCCAAGUGACCUGGAGGAGCUGGAGCAGUUUGCCAAGUCUUUCAAACAAAGACGCAUCAAGCUGGGCUUCACACAGGGAGAUGUGGGUUUGGCUAUGGGGAAGCUCUAUGGAAAUGAUUUCAGUCAAACCACAAUUUCCCGCUUUGAGGCUCUAAAUCUCAGCUUUAAGAACAUGUGCAAGCUCAAACCAUUGCUGGAGAAGUGGCUCAGUGAUGCAGAAAACUCACCCUCAGACUCAAUGGCUAAUCCUGCAACGCUACCACCUCUUAUGGAAGGAUAUGGGAGGAAGAGAAAAAAGAGAACGAGCAUUGAGACCAACAUCAAGCUCACACUGGAGAAACGCUUCAAUGAUAAUCCCAAACCGAACUCUGAGGAGAUCACUCUCAUCUCGGAGCAGCUUUCCAUGGAAAAGGAAGUGGUUCGGGUGUGGUUCUGCAACCGACGGCAGAAGGAGAAGAGGAUUUAUUGCCCAGUCGCCAACUCACCUAUAAAAUCGCACAACUACAAUUCCAGACUGCCUGCAUCUAGCAGACCAUUCAGUCCUCUUGCUUCAGGAGGUGUGUCAAGCAGCUCAUCACCUAACAGCCCGAGUCGUGGCUCUUCUCCCAACACUAUGUCUUCAGCCUCCAGUCCGCUGACAUCACAGGGGGUCAAUCAAUCCUUCAAUCCCACAGGAUCUUGGUAUCGUUGGAACACUACUGCAUAUCACCACUGAGAAUCAUCUAGAAUCGCCAUUCGACAUAAAGUGAAAAUAAAAAUGUUUACAAUUUGUUUGGACUAGAAAGGAAACAAUGCUCUGAUUUAUACAUUUACAUACUGCUGGAUUACUGGUUUUCACAAUUACAUGCUAAAAAAACAACAACAACAACAACAAAAAAACAAAAAACAGUCCCUGUCUUGUUGAUUCGUUUCAGCAAUAAGGAUACAUUUCAGCCGUCUGUUUAUGUCAAGAUCAACAGCAGGUCUAUGAAACAUUUCAAGUUUAUAUAUCGUUGUGUUAAAGUCACAGUUCUGAAAGUCUUAGAUAUUACUUUUCAACAACAAGGUUUACAUAUCUAUUCUCAUCCUUCAGACCAUAUUUUUAGUAUAAUAUAUUUUAAAUCACACUAGAUGACUUGAGUAUGUCGGCAAAAAUAUCAAUCGAAAACUAUGCAAAUAUUUCAAGCAUCAGAUUUCUUUCAGUUACAUAUAAGUGUGUGGCUAUCGCAGACGUCGUCGUUAUGUAGCAUUUAAUAUCGCAGUCAUUUUCAGUCUGGCCUUGAAGUUAUUCAUUAUGUCUUACUCGGUUUCCUAUUUUAUAAAUGUCUUCUUUUCUAAGUUAAACUUUUAUGAACAUACUUUUGGAAAUGGAAGUAACAUAUAGUGGAAAAGGGUGUUUGAUUUUUUUUCUACCUUUUCCUUAUGAAGUGGUCCGAACAUUUGAAGUGCUGUAUUUUCACACUUUGUCUUUAAUGUUAUUACGUAUCACUGUUGUUUAUUUUGCUUGUAGUUUUUUGUUUGUUUGUUUGUUUGUUUGUUGUUGUUUUUUUUUGUGAUGCGUAAUAUUUUUUCUUUUUGUAAUGGAAUUGAUGUGUUGUACAUUUGAAUGCUGGACAUGACUCUAUGUGUAACUGUUUAACACUUAUUAAACAGAUUAAUCACAUUA